AUGAAAAAUCAUAAAUAACAAACAAUUUAUUAACAAUUUUACAAUUUUAAUUGGUUUCAUGAAAAAUUAUAAAAAUAACUUUAAGCAAUUUCAAACUAAAUAUUGGAAUAAUUAUAAUCAAUAUAAGCAUCUAAUUAAUAUGUAGAACUUAGUUAAUAAUGUUUAGAAGAACCAAUGAUUGGAAGUUUGGUUCUGAAAGAUGAUUAAAUUAGUUAAGAAGAGUAUUGUCUUGCAAUUGCAUUCAAUUAAUCUGGAACUAUAAUGGCAUCAGGAUGUGAAAAUAUAAUAAAAGUUUGGGAUUAUAAUAAUGGAAAAAUAGAAGUAAUCACAACUUUAGAUCCAGAUUAAAUGCAGAUUUUAAGCUUAAUUUUCAGCAAGAAUAGUAAUAACUUUAUUUCAGGUAGCAUUAAUUCAAUCAAUAUGUGGUGCACUAAAAAUGAUAAAAGUUGGCAGAAUAUAAAUUAAAUAUGCAAUGCAUCAUAUUGUAUGAUAUUAAAUUAUGAUGAAACCAAACUUUAUACAGGUGAAAAUGAUUCAAUAAGUGUUUGGGAUGUUGAUUUUCAAAAUUAGAAAUUAGAAUUUGAUUAAAGUUUGCCAGCUAAGAAAAUUUAUAGUAUAAGUUUAAAUGAAGAAGAAACAUUUUUGGCUACUUGUUGUGUUGAUAAAUCAAUACAUUUAUGGGAAAUAAAAUGCAAAACUAUAGAAUUAUAUUAAAUUAUUCAAACACAUUAACUUGGAUAUAAUUUAUGCUUUAUCAAACAUAAUUAAUUUAUUUGGUUACCUGCAGAGCAACUUAACAUAAACUGUAUCUAUGUAUAUGAUUUAUAAAAUGGUGAAUUUUAAUUGCAAGAAGAUAAAAUAAUUAAUUUACUAUAAGAUGAUACUUGUUUUGAUAGUUUCUUAUUCCCAAUAGUAAUUAAUAAAGAAAGAAACAUUAUUGCAAUUAGACAUAAAGUUACUGUAUAUUUGAUACAAGUAUUUUAAAAUGGUAAAUAUUAAAUUAUAACUCAUAAAAAUUUAAAAACAGAUGAAAUUUAUGGAACAAUGACAUAUAAUGGAACUGCAUUAAUUUUAUGGGAUAAUUUAAGUAGGAAAUAUUAGAUAUUUGAUAUUGAAAUCUAAUGA